AUGACUACACAGAACUCUUUUAGAAAGGAAAAGGAUACCUUUGGUGAUAUUCUUGUUCCUGCUGAAAAGUACUGGGGUGCCCAGACUCAGCGUUCGCUUCAAAACUUUGAUAUUGGCGGCUCAUCGGAGCGUAUUCCUGAGCCUGUCAUCAAGGCAUUCGCUAUUAUUAAAAAAGCAGCCGCAACUGUCAAUAUGGAGACUGGUCUUGACCAGACUGUUGGAAAGGCUAUUGUUCAGGCUGCAGAUGAGGUGAUUCAAGGCAAGCUCAAUGAUCAUUUCCCCCUUGUCGUCUGGCAAACUGGCUCUGGUACCCAGACCAACAUGAAUGUCAAUGAGGUUCUUGCCAACCGCGCAAUCGAGCUUCUUGGUGGUGAACUUGGUUCCCAAAAGCCUGUCCAUCCAAACGACCAUGUCAACAGUGGUCAGUCCUCCAAUGACACUUUUCCUACUGCCAUGCAUGUUGCUGCUGCCCUUGAGUUCAACUCUCGCCUUCUCCCCGCUUUGCAAGUUCUUGAAACAGCUUUGGCCGAAAAAUCCCAGGCUUUCCAGCACAUUAUCAAGAUUGGUCGUACCCAUCUUCAAGAUGCUACCCCUCUAACUCUUGGUCAAGAGUUUUCUGGAUACACUCAACAAAUUACCUAUGGCAUUGAGCGCGUGCGCUCCUCGCUUCCUCAUCUAUACAAUCUUGCUCAAGGCGGCACUGCUGUUGGUACUGGGCUCAAUACUAAAAAGGGAUACGAUGUCAAGAUUGCUUCUCAGAUUGCUCAUGAUACUGGCCUUCCUUUCCAGACUGCACCUAACAAGUUCGAGGCUCUUGCUGCACAUGAUGCUAUUGUCGAAGCUAGCGGUGCUCUCAAUACUCUUGCUGUCUCUCUCAACAAAAUUGCCAACGAUGUUCGCAUGCUUGGAUCUGGACCUCGUUGUGGCCUUGGUGAGCUUCUUCUUCCUGAAAACGAACCAGGGUCAUCCAUCAUGCCCGGAAAAGUCAAUCCUACUCAAUGCGAGGCUAUGACUAUGCUUAACGUGUUCAAGCCCGUCAUGAUCAAGAAUCUACUGCAUUCUACUCGCCUGCUUGCCGAUGCCUGCCUAUCCUUCACAAAGAACUGCGUGGUAGGCAUUCAAGCCAACGAAAAGCGUAUCGAAUCGCUUCUGCAUGAAUCCCUCAUGCUCGUUACUGCUCUCAACCCAUAUAUUGGAUAUGACAACGCUGCCAAGGCUGCCAAGAAAGCCCACAAAGAAGGCACCUCACUCAAGCAGGCCACUAUUUCUCUGGGUUUGCUUACUUCGGAACAGUUUGACCAGUAUGUUCGUCCAGAGACCAUGAUCGGCCCCAAACCAUAAGAUUAGCUUGUCUUGUGAAAUUGGAGUAUUUUGGGUUUUUCUACAAUGACCUCACGUUUAUGCUUUUCAUUCGUUCAAUUCUGGCUUGAACUCCCAUGCUGGUUCAAUAAAUAAUUGUUUCUACAACUA